AUGGCCGACCCGCUCGCCGUCUACGGCCGAGUCUGGGCCCUCUCCAACCUCGCGCUGCACGUCACCUUUCACGGCGGCUCCCUGGCCGGGCUCUUGCAGUCGGGCUGGGCGCAGCGGGCCUUUACCGUCCUUGCAGCAGCCUCUGCUGUCGCGCCAAGCAACGGACGCCUCCUCGUCGCCGCUCACGCCGCCUCCAUCUGGCAGUUCUCGCAGAUGCUUCCCGCCGUCUUCGACGCUGACUGCUGGGCGGUGCACCACGACGCAGCCUUCCUCUUGUCCGCGGCAGCCGUGGCGGUCGGCAGCCCGAGGCUCCUGCUGCAGGCGUGGACAGGAGAGGAGCGCGCGGCGGUGUUUGCGGGCCUGUCCCAGUGCCUGCGCGUCCAGGCGGCGCUGUGGUACGGAGGCGUCCUCCUGCACUGGCUCAUCGGCAUCACUCCGCCCCCACACAACAUCGCCUCGUACGGCACGCGCUGCGUCAGCCGCUACGUCGCGCUGCUCCCGCACGAGUCCGUCGCCGUGCACGCGCGUCUUGCCAGCCUGCUGCGCGGCAGCGCGUCCACCUCCACCGCCGCAGCCGCCGCCGCCGCCGCCGCAGUUUUCGCGGCGCACGUCCACGUCGCCUACCUCUUCGGCAAUGGCUCGGACCACAACUUUGGCUCGGACCACAACUUUGGCGGCGCGACGAGCGCCCUCGCCAAGCUUGCGCCGGAGGCGUCGGGCGGCGCCGACUGGCACUUGCCGCAUCUCGCCGCGCUCUCCCUCUUCUUCAGCGCCGCCGCCGCCCUGCCCGGCAUGAUCGCCCCUCCGCCGCCUCGCGCCGCCGCCCCUGCCGCGGCGCCGUGGCUACGCCGGCUGGUCCUCGCCGAGGGCUUUCUCUUCGUGUUUGGGCUCCCCCUCCUCGGGCUCGCCGACGACUUCCCGCCCAAGCCCUUCUCCAACCUGCGCGUGCACGGGGGCAGCAACCACCUCGUGGUGCCGACCGACCUGCUAGGCCGCCUACUGCCGACCGUCCCGUCGGACGUCGUCCUCGUCGAGCGGUGCAGCUCGGCGUGGAUCAACGCCCUCCUACCUUGCGAGCUCACCCACCACCUUACGCCCAGCGCGCGCGAGCUCCUCCGGCGCGUGGGCCAUUCGGGGCGUGUGAUUGGGCCUGCCUUCGGACGAAACGUCAGCCCGCUGUUGACCAUGCGCAACGGCGAGGGAGGCCCUUUUCUGAGGUACACGCUGCCAACCUUCGAGCUGCGCCGCGUGCUCGCCGAGGCGCGCGCGCGCGGAGAGGCGUUCCGCAUCGACUACCGCCGCCUGCCCCGGGGCUACAGCGCGGACGCGGCGGGGCGGCAGGCCCUCGUCGCCACGCUGCCGCUCACGACGCUCGUCGAGCGAGGCGGAACCUCCCCUCCCAGCUGCACCGUGCGGCGCGGUAACUGGUUCUCGGCCCGGUGCACGCCCGACGAGCCGGCGCUGCAGCCGCCACCACAGGCGUGGGCGCAGAGGCUGCUCAUGUUUUGGCCGAAUGUGUGGCUGGACGAGCAGACGGACGCGCACAGCGGCUACUGCUUUUACGAGUAG